AUGACUCAGCUCUUCAGCUCUUCAUCCUCGAGUUCCUCCGCGAUGCACAAUGAGAAACGGAACCUUUCUGGCAUGUCGAGCUCCUCACGGCAGACGAAUGGCACAAAAGAUUUUCCUCAGAGAAUUAAGAAUUUUUUUCGCAUCACCAGUUCGGGAAGCAACACUGUUAUCGGCACUGACGGCCUUCCGACCCCCAAGUCCGAGACAAAGUCCUUUAGACAAUCACGCUUUCUCGGUGGUAUAACUCGCAAUAGGUCACAGACAGUAGCCAGUGAAGGAGAUCCUUUGGAGAACGGCAUGUCGCCCACGGCGCUGGCGAACCCCUAUUUUGCUCACCAAGGACCCCCCACAUUGAGACAUCACAAUGACAGCAGCGUGCCUCCUUCGCCACCAGAUACACCUGUUCAUACAAAGGUGGAAGCUGUGAGCGGUGCGAAUGAUCAGGCCACAGCAGCAGGGAAGGAAGAGCUGGCUCGACAAUUACGACGAGUGGCAUCUGCUCCCAAUGCUCAAGGGCUGUUUCAGAGCUCAAAACACAAUGAGAGACCAUCAUCAGCGGGGUUAGGGAAGGAACCGCUGGCGCAGAAUGGAGAAGAUUCGUCACUAAGCAUGGCGGACCACAACAAAGGUCAUCUGUUACCUGUACCAAAUGCGGAUGGCAAGCUACCUUCUCCGGGACAAUUACGGCAAUCGAUAGCGUUUCGGAGAACAUACAGCUCAAACUCGAUAAAAGUUAGAGAAGUGGAGGUUGGACCUGCAAGCUUUGACAAAAUCAAGUUAAUCGGCAAGGGAGACGUAGGGAAGGUAUACCUUGUCCGCGAGAAACGGUCAAGUCGAUUGUAUGCCAUGAAGGUCUUAAGCAAGAAAGAGAUGAUCAAGAGGAACAAGAUCAAGCGUGCACUGGCAGAGCAAGAAAUCUUGGCUACCAGUAAUCAUCCGUUCAUUGUCACCUUGUACCACUCGUUUCAGUCAGAGGAUCAUCUUUAUCUUUGCAUGGAGUAUUGCAGUGGAGGGGAGUUUUUUAGAGCACUGCAAACACGGCCAGGGAAAUGCAUUCCGGAGGACGAUGCUCGUUUCUACGCAGGCGAAGUCACGGCAGCACUCGAAUAUCUACAUUUGAUGGGCUUCAUAUAUCGAGACCUAAAGCCCGAAAACAUCCUGUUACAUCAGUCUGGCCACAUCAUGUUGUCAGACUUUGACCUUUCGAAACAGUCUGGCCCUGACGGCGCCCCGAAAAUGAUCAUCGGCCGCAACGGUGCCACUCCGACCUCCCUACCCACAAUCGACACCAAAUCCUGCAUAGCAAAUUUCCGAACCAACUCUUUCGUCGGUACAGAAGAAUACAUUGCACCAGAGGUCAUUAAAGGUUGCGGUCACACAAGUGCAGUGGACUGGUGGACGCUUGGGAUACUGGUGUAUGAAAUGCUCUUCGGCACCACACCAUUCAAGGGCAAAAGCCGGAAUCAAACAUUCGCCAACAUUCUCCGCGAUGACGUGCCAUUCCCAGAACAUUCCGGUGCUCCGCAAAUAUCGCACCUCUGCAAGUCUCUCAUCCGCAAACUCCUCAUUAAAGAUGAGCUCCGCCGCAUCGGUUCCCGCGCCGGCGCGUCCGACGUGAAAACGCACCCAUUUUUUCGCUCAACUCAAUGGGCUCUCCUCCGUCACAUGAAACCCCCCAUGAUUCCUCACCAAGGCCGUGCUAUUGACACUGUAAACUUCCGAAACGUCAAAGAGUCGAAUAGCAGUAUGGACAUGGGUACUGGGACAGGCCUAGGCGGAGGCGUUAGCAAGGAUGGCAUGCUGGGCGUACCGGGAAGUGCGCUGAAGGGCGUACCGCUGGAUAGCGGUAUUGCGACGCCGGCAGGGGAGAUAGCGGAUCCGUUUGAGGAGUUCAAUAGUGUUACGUUGCAUCAUGAUGACGAUGAUGGGGGAGGAGGGAGAAGAAGAUGA